AUGACACAGUCGAUACAGACUCGGGCGCGCACGGAGCAAGGAGUCCGCCAAAAUCGACAAGUUCACAGACAAGGGAGGAAUAUUUGUAACAGCUAUAUGUGUGGAGAAUACACGUCGCUGCCGUCCGGACUUUCACCAAAGGACAUUCACAAACGCGAAGCUGCUGACUUAUCUUGUUCCACAUUCCGCAAUGAAUUUGAGAUGGUUUCGGAAGUUUCUGGACUGGUCAAGAUCGGGGUAAUUUUGCGGCGUUGA